UGCUCCUCUUUUCGCAUCCAACGCCCCUCUUUCCCCUCUGACUGAGCUCCCAGCGGCGGCAAAGGGGGCCACGGUGGCGUAGAGAUGGUGGUGGCAUCUGGAACCAAUUCAUGAGCCAAAGAAAUGGCCAUCCGGAAGAGGAUGGCCAACAUUAUAUAAUAAGCGAGAAGAGGAUUUUCCAUCUCUUAAAGAGUGUAAUGACUAUUUGGAAGAAGUUGAGGAUAUGACUUACAACCUGAUUGAAGGAAUUGAUGUCGCUGCUAUUGAAGCUAAGAUUGCUAAGUACCAAGAAGAAAAUGCUGAACAAAUCAUCAAUGCCCGAGCACGUAAGGCUGAAGAACUAGCUGCAGCACUAAAGGCAAGCCAAAAUUUUGGUCAAGGUGAUCCAACUGAUGGGGUUCAUAUAUCCUGUUUCCACCUUAUGCUCUUUUGUCUACCAAGUACCAAGAGUGAGGGUGCUGGACCAAGUGCUCAAGGGAUCGAUGUCGGCAAUCAAGGGCAGUAUGCACCUACCUCCAUGCUCGGUGGUGUGCUUAUGCAACCACGUCCUACAGGUAUGGCUCCACAGCCUGUCCCCGUCGGAGCCCCAGCUGAUCCUCUGCAGGGCUAUGCAACCGACGACGAGGAGACCACGAAGCUAUGAGCUGGGAGAGGAGGCAGAGCUGGGGGAUGGACAACCAAAUCAAGCAAGAGGAGGGCACUCGAGGAAGCAUUCGGUAGCAUAUGGAUGCAGGAACCGUUCAGCAGCAUAAGGAUGUGAACUUGACCUGAAGAAGAGUUCAGUUUUCUUGUUAUCGGUUCAAGAUUGUUAUUGUGAUGUGAUACAGUUUGAUCUUGCUGAAUUUUAUCAGAAGUGAGAUUCAGAAUCAUCGCGAAUCCCUUCAAAUUGAUCCAACGGUGGUGAUGUUUGCUAAAGGAACACUUCUUUUUAAUUCAUAUGUAAUUCAUUGCUCAAAAUGUUGCCCACAUUCUUUUGUAAUAAAUUUAUGGAUUUGUUGA